UUGUGACGUUCAACGUGCGUUUGCAAGAUUUCCUUUUUACAUUCUGUGUGCAAUGUAUGUAGGGGAAGCUGCUUUUAAACGUUUCAAUCAGUGCAAACUCCUUUCUCUAUCGAAAGUAAUUUCUUUGUAGCUAAACCCCAUUUGUGAUUCACUGAGUACUUAAGGAAGGCUGUUAUGCUACUGCUCUUCCAGACUAUGAUUGCUUUUCGAGCACGGCCACUCGAAACGCUGAACAUAAUACUCGUCCAAUGAUACACUAGUAAAAGCUAACUUAUUUAAAGCAACAAACAGCACAUAAAACGGCCCACUAGCGCUCAAUUUUAUUGAUGUGUUGCGUGGGCGCUUAACGCUCAGUGCUGACUGAGGUAGACUGAGUUUCCUAUGUGGGCUGUUGGUUCAGUUGUAUUGGGGUCACUGCUUGGCUGGGCUGUUGGUCGUCGGUUAGCUAUCAGGCUCCCCCUCCCCGAAUCUCUAACCACUGUCUCGAAGUAAAUGCAAGCAACGCAGAACGAAUCACGCACAAGCCGCUUGUUCAAAGCAGGCACCGAAAAGCAAUAGAUUUAACGCAGCAUGACGUUUUGUCUUUCUCUCAAGCGCACAUCUUUAUGGAUUGUUUUUUAUUUUUGUAAAUUCCUCACGCUUCUAAUUCGCACGUGCGGGAGUCUAGUGCUGUCGUUUCUUGUAAGACGAUUGCCACUCUUUUAAUUUUCUUUAGUGUUAGUGUUGCCGUGGCUGGUUGGUUGAUGAGCAAUGUCGGACGGUGCAAGCAUCCAGUUUGUUUCGGAAGUUCGGUUACAAACAGAUGAAAACCAAAAACAAAAGAAAAGAAGAAAAUUGUUUGAAAACAAAGAAAAACCAAACAGAAACAAGCAUAAGCGACGGGGUUCGCAAAAUUCGGCCAUAAUCGUAAGAAACAUUUAGGCAUCCGGGUGAACGCACCGUCAGUCCGCAAACGCGCGAUCGUGGAUAGGAAGGUUGCCUGGCCAAAGGCCAAACAGUGAGUUACAGCUGCAGGCGAAUAGUUGAGCAAAACUAACAACCAUUACAAUGUUGAGGAAAUACAAUGCACAGCAUAAAGCUAAGGAGAUUCUACUCAGCAAAACUAGUAAAAGUUAAGCUAGGCAACUCAGCGGCACAGGGGCCUGCGGUCGUCGAAUCCUUGUGUCGUGCAACAAAUUGGCAAGAAUUCCUAUGCUCCUGCUGGAUGAAAUGAAAUGUAAUGAGAGUUACAAAAACCAAAA